AUGGACUUCUAUCAAGUAAACCUGGGCGUGCUCGUCGCCACCAAUGCCUACCUCCUCUGGUCCCAGUAUCGCACGACAAAGAAGGAUGAGGCCCUGACCCUGCUCGACCCGGCACUUGAGGAGCGCGGCGAGAAGAUUGAGGGCGGCUCUUCCGGGAGCGCCCGUCGCUUCCAGCUCAACUUCUUCAUCCCGUACGCUCUCGCCGUGGCCGCCGACUGGCUCCAGGGUCCGCAUAUCUACGCCAUCUACAAGUAUGAGAAAGAGAUCCCCGAGAAGAUGGUCGCCGCCCUCUACGCCGCCGGCUUCGUCUCGGGCGGCAUCAGCGCGUCGUUCGCCGGCGGAUAUGCCGACCGGUUCGGCCGCAAGCGAGCCUGCCUUCUCUACUGCUUCCUCUACAUCGUUACCUGCCUCACCAUGCUCAGCAACGACAUGCGCGUGCUCUUCUUUGGUCGCCUGGCCGGCGGUGUCAGCACCACGCUCCUCUUCAGCGUGUUCGAAGCCUGGAUGAUCUCCGACUACCACGAGCAGUGCAUCCAGACGGCCGAUCUGAACCUGAGCUCUGUGUUUAGCACAAUGACGACCCUCAGCUGCAUUGUUGCUAUCGUUUCCGGCAUAGUCGGUGACGCGCUUGUCACGGCUUCGGGUACCCGCACCUGGCCUUUCCUUGCCGCCGUCGUGUGCUGCAUCGCCUCUGGAUUCAUCAUCUCUACUCGAUGGAAAGAGAACUACGGCGUGCGAUCCUCAGAGUCGACCUCUGCCGAGGACGUCAAGGCUGGCGUCCGAGCCAUCUUCCGCGACCGCAAGAUUCUGUCUCUUGGUAUCACCUCGUGCGUCUUUGAGGGCACCAUGUAUCUGUUCAUCUUCUUCUGGUCCGCUGCGCUGAAGAGCGCCAGGGCCGCGACUGGCUGGACCGACGAGCUCCCCUUCGGACUCAUCUUCUCGUGCUACAUGUGCACCAUGAUGGCCGGCUCGGCACUGUUUACCCGCCUCAAGGUGGCUCAGGGUGGCAUCUCUGGAUCUGCGGAUAUGUUGAUGAAGGUCACCUUGCUCGUCAGCUGCUGCCUCGGCCUCGCCGUCAUUCUCAAAGACGAGAGGCUGGUCUUUUGGGUGUUCUGCUUGCUUGAGGGCUGCAUCGGAGCCUACUUUCCUGCCAUGGCUUGCCUCAAGAGCGAGCUUGUCGACGACGGCAUCCGUGGCCGUGUCUACAGCAUCCUCAGGUUUCCCCUGAACGUGUUUGUCGUCAUUGCGCACAGUCUGGAUGAGGAAGGAGAUGGCCACCGAAACCAUGUGUUUGCGGUAUGCGGCGGCCUGCUGCUAGUCGCCUUCCUUUUCACUCGCCGUUAUUUUGCAUAA